AGAAGCAAGGGGACAUGCAGUGGCUCCCCAAAGGUGCCAAGGAUGGGAAAGGCCGUCCUGCAGCUGACCUUGGCGGGCUUAAGAGAAGCUGUUAAAGUUGGUUUCCAGGAAUUUGCAAUUGGGCGUCCCUCCCACAGCCGCAGAGGAGCCUGCGAGAGGCAGCCAGGGAGACAUCAGCUAGAUAAAACUAAGCCCCCUAGCAAAGGAAAAAGAAAAAAAAAAAGAGGAAAACCUGCCGCUGCCUGGGAAUGGCCGCAAUUGUAGGGAAAUUAACUCCAUCGCCAGUUUUUCCUUCUUUCGAAGGAGUGAUGGGGAAGAAGAGCUGCCAGCCCGGUUAUUUAGCUCAUUCACCUCCCGCUCCUCCCGUCGCAUGACGAGGCUGAGGUUCGGGGACCAGGAAACUCAGCGUAAGCCGGCACAUCCGAAGGGAACAUGGAUCAUCCGCAGCAAACUUUCAAGCCGGGAUCUCAAAGGACGCUGCUGAGGUCCCGAUAAGGAACUCGUAAGGUGCCCGGAGCCCGAGAGGCAGAAGUCGGGCUGUGCCGCUGGCCUAUUUCUGCCAUCGGGUUACACAACCCCUUCCCGUGGAUUUGGCUGUUGCACAACCCCGGGACACUUGCGAGUGGAGGGAGAAGCCGAGCCCGUAUUUCCUACAGAUCGCUUUGCGUUGGGAAGAGGCGACGGAGGAGCAGCUGGCCGGGAUGCGGGCAGGACGUCGACGCCCCCUGGGAUCCCCCCUGGCCUCCAAGGCAUCGUGCCUGGAACCCACCCAGCUGCAACUCCCACAGUGUCAACACCACGGCUGGGUGCGAAAGCAGCCUCUGGACUUUCCCUCACAAAUACACCUUCAAAUUUCCAGCUCAAACAGCCAGGUGAGCCGGGAAAACUCGGCCGAGACAGAGGUCUCUGCCUCCCGCCGGCGCACAGUGAUAUUUUGCUAAGAUAAGGCAUUCAGGAGGCACAGAUACCAAUAUCGCCAGCAGCAUUGAUGGGAUCAGGAGAGAUGAUUUUAUGGCUUUAAUGGCAGGAUAAAAGGUUUUAAGGAGGCCUCGCUGGCCAUAUGGCAACCCAUGCUCCCCCGUUUCCCAUGCUGGCGGCUGCGAGCCUUGUCCCCAGGCACCCGGUACCCACUGGAAGCAGAACGGGUGGUCCCAAUGCCAAGCCAGGCUUGACCCCUGGCGAGCUCGGGGACCAGAAUCUGCCAAGUCAGCAGCUGCCCGGUGAGGAUUCCCGGCUGCAAAUGAUGCCACGAAUUCCUGGGUGCAGCUACCUGGGAGAGCGGGUGUCUCGGGACACAUUUGAUGGCAAGAGGAGGAGGAGGGAGAGGUGGAAAUGCCGGCCACAGCUCCUGCAUCCUCUGCCACGGCCGGAGGUGAUGCCACCGCCCAAUAAAGCACCUCAAAGCGUUUUAUUAAGGCGCUCCCCACAUGUGGCCAGGAGCCAGCCCGCAGCCCAUCUCGGGCACUCAUGGACAGCACGGAGUCGGCACAAGGCCGGCGGCUCCGGCAGGGACCGGCUGUUUCCGAGACGUUUGGGGCCGCGCCAAGAAAGAUUGGGCUCAGUCACAUGUCAACAGCUGCCCUGCGCCAGUAUCCGGCCACGUCGCAGCCCUGGCACCAACCCUCUUCCCUGACCUUCCCAGCACAGACCCCGCUGCAGUAAUUAGAAACCGCUGGGUAAUUUUUCCAGUCUCGUGAUAACAGCAAAUGUCAGAUCCCAACAGACCAUCAGCAUUGCUGGCCCGGCGGGAUGGGGUGAAUUCGAUGGGAUGGAGGCACCCAGCUUUGGGGAGCAUCCCAGGGGUGGCAGCCAGUGCCGGGGCUUUGGGACCCACGGCCGGGUCUUGCUCCAGCCACGCUUAGAGCAGGGAAAAUGAAAGGGAUACCUGGGGACGUGUGAGCCUGAAGGGUUGGAAAACCGCCUCGGUCCAAAGAGUUCCCAAUGGGCCAACCACCCCCGGGCUGCCGGGAUGCUGUUUUCCGGGAAUUCAGCCCUGAAUGCUUCCAAGCUCCCACCCCUGCCAGGAGCUGCACAGAGGAUGCUUGGCCUGCAGCAAAGCAGGCUGCGACCCUGGGGGGGCAGAAACUGGGGAGAAACCCCCAAAACUCAGAAAUCCUGGGUAUGCCCUAAGCCCGGGUUGGGGCAACUCAAGCCGUUAUCCGAACCCGCUGGAGAGGCUUCGCUGCUGGAGGAGCUCUUCCCUUUCCCUCACCGGCCUUUCACCACUGCUCUCCCCUGGCUCACGCCGGCUCCGUGAGGCUGCUGCUAUUUUCAGCGGGCUGCGUCCGGCCGCACUCGUUGCGCAUCGGGCGGCAGAAGCAGAAAAUGGAGUGGAGGGGCCAAAAAUAAACUGUCUGACUUUGCAGCAUCCCCAACCGCUGCAGAUGCUCCUCUGCGCUUGCUGUGAGCAAGGGCUGAUCACUCUGAGCCCUAAUAACCCUGACCUCAAAUAAUUGUGACCCCUAAAAACAUGGUCCCUAAUAACCAUGACUCCAAAUAAUUGUGACGCCUAAAAAACACAACCCCUAAAAAACAUGAGCCCUAAAACCACAGUCCCUAAUAACCAUGAUCUCUAAUAACUGUGACCCCUAACAACCGUGACCCCUAAUAACUGUGACCCCUAAAAAACAUGACCCCUAAAAACAUGGCCCCUGAUAACUGUGACCCCUAAUACCUGUGACCCCUAAAAAACAUGACCCCUAAUAACUGUGACCCCUAAAAACCAUGGUCCCUAGUAACUGUGACCCCUAAUAACCCUGACUCCUAAUAAUUUAGCCCCCCAGAUCUGCUCGCUUCCCACCAGGGCAAGACCCCUGGAAAUCCCAUUUGCACAAGCAACCCCCAAACCCCUCUGUCACCCACCCCUGCCACACCUCCCCCACUUCCCAUUUUUCCCUCGAUUUUUAAUCCACAAACAUCUAAACUGGGGCAAUUUUCCCAACUAUAAAACAAGGGGAAAGGAGCAAACCCCGGCUGCUGGAAGGCAGAGGAUUUCAGCAGCCCUAAUUCCCCCCUUGGAUGCUGCCACUUUCGAAUAAAAGUGUCUCCAAGCUCAUUUUGGGGCUCAUUUGGGGGUUUCUUUGCAAUUUGCUCCUCCAGCUCCAGUCUCCCUCCGGGUGAGGAACAAAAUGGCAGGACUCCGCUGCAGCCCAGGGAUGGUUUUCAGCCCCCCCACGUGCUUUCAGGUUUGGGGAAGCUGAGGCACAGCGGCUGCAGCCCCACACAGGGAAACAUGUCUGUCCCCCCCACACACCCCACGGAGCACCCGCUCCCUAAACCCCCCCAGAAAAGCGGGGCGAGCUGCCUUGGGGGGGCUUUUCUCCUCAAAAGCACCAGAGGGGAGGAUGGACAGUGUUUCGGGAGGGGGAAAACCGUCCCGGGAAUAGGGCUGGGAUGAGGUUGCCCCCACAGCGAAUAAGCCAGGGUGACCUUUGGCCUCGGUUUUUGGUGGGCAAGAGGGGAAUUUUCCUCUUUUUUCCGGCCACCCUGAGGUUUCCAGCAUCGCAGGGACUAACACUGCCAUCUACCGAAACAGCUCCCGCCAUUAUUAAACUCCUCAUAUUUUUAUUUUCCCCACCCAAAAGAGUUUCCCACCUUUUUAGGGACACACGAAGCCUCCCAAACAAACCCCUCGUUCCCCCUGUGGAGCAAUGCCAGCUGCCCAUCCCCAGGGCGUCAGGCCUUAUCCAUCGUCCCCCCUCCCAUAAGGGUCCCCCCUGUGCUCCUGGGAAUAUUUUUGGGUCCCUUUUCGGGUCAAGGCUUUGUGGCCACCGGCUUUAGGGGCUCAACUGCUGAGUGGGGAAACUGAGGCACAGCCUGAGCCCCAUCCCAUCCCUGCACCCACCCCGCUCGUUGGGCUGGGCUGGGCCCCACCUGCAGCUCGUUGGGCUCCCAGGGUAUUUAAAGGCCUUUUUUAAUUAUUUGCUCCUUUUUGGAGGUAGCACAGGUGGGGUGAGGUUGUGCUGCAGGAUUUGUCUGCUUUCCUGGGUAUGGGGGAGGCCAGUGGAACUGGGGGGCAUCCAGUGGGUGUCCUGUUACCCACCCCAGCCCCCGAGGUGCUGGAGGGGGUGCUGAGCCAACGUUACGGCCCCCUGCCCCGCGCCGCUGCCAUCGCUCGCCUGCGCAAGCAACCGGCCGGGGGCUACCAGCCAGCUGGGGACCUGGCAGAGGUGCUGGAGCGACGGCAGGCGGCCAACGCCAAGGAGCGUGAGAGGAUUAAAAACCUGAACAGCGGCUUCUCGAAGCUGAAGACCAUUGUGCCCCUCAUCCCCCGCGACCGCAAGCCCAGCAAAGUUGACACCCUGAAAGCCGCCGCCGAAUACAUCCGCCUGCUGCGCCUGGUUUUGGAAGAAACGGGGGGCUUUGAGCGGCAGGACACGGGUGCUGAGCAGGAGCUGGGUGACAGCGGGCGGAUGCCCCUGGGGGGGGACCCUGGGAACUGGCCUGGCAGUGCCCCCCCCUGCCCCUGGGGUCCCCCCAUCCUGCCCGCCUGCCUGGGGCCACCACAGGAGAGUGGGGGGCUGGUUUUUCCAGCCGACCCCUGAAGAGCCGGGGUGUCCCCGAGACCCGCGGGGGACCCAGUGUCACCCCCAAAUUCCCUGCUUGAGCACCAAAUUCUGGGGCCAUGGUUCCUGUCCCAGGGCAGGCUCCAGCCCCACAGCACCCCAACCUGCCCUGUCCCCAAAAUGGGGGGGUACAGGGGGUACAUCCCCCCUAAAAUGCAGUGGGGAGGUGAGAGCAGUAAUUAAUUGUAAUGACGAGGCAAUUAGCAAUUGGUGCUGCCCCUUCCCUGCCGGGUACCGGUGUAUUUCGCGUGACUUCCCAUUAAC